AUGACCUAUGUUUUCGUAAAAUGGCCUAAAGAUGUUCCAGGAAAGAAUAAGAAUAUUGAAAUCAGACCAUGGUUCCCACAACAGGAUGUAUUAGCUCAUCCAAAUGUGAAGCUGUUUGUCACUCAUGGAGGCUUACUAAGUACUUUAGAGACUAUAUACUACGGUGUUCCAGUAUUAACUUUGCCAAUAUUUGGUGAUCAGAAGAUGAACGCAGCCAAAGCUAGAGCCGCAGGUUACGGACUAUCUUUGACUUUCUCGACGAUAACAGAGGAAGCAUUAAAUAACGCCUUAAAGGAAAUAUUAACUAAUAAAAAGUACACAGAAAACGCCAAAUUGAGAUCAAGGCUUAUGCACGACAGAAUUGUCAAACCAAUGGACACAGCAGUCUAUUGGGUGGAGUAUGUAGUGCGAAAUAAGGGAGCCCCCCACUUGAGGGUAGGUGCAGUUAAUAUGCCGUUCUACAAAUACUUUUUACUAGAUGUGAUCGCUCUUUUUGUAUUAGCUUUUAGUAUUGUACUUACGAUAGUAUAUAUGACUUGUAAAAUGAUUUGUUGUUCUAGGAAAACCAAAAAAUCCAAAAAAGAAUAAUUUGCAAAAUGUCAAUAAAGACGUUUUUGUUUUUACUAAA